AAAAAAAAAAGAAUGAAUCGAUGGAAGAGCGUUCCCCGCGCAAUAAUCAUACCCACUGGGUUGCCAAAAUACAUAUUAUUAUUAAAAAAAUUUUAAAUUAAAGUGAAAUAAAAAUAAAUAAAUAAAACUAUUUGUUUUAAUAAUUUUAUAAUAAGUUUAUUGAUAUUUAAGUAAUCAUAUUUUUGAAUAUUUACUCCAAUUUGCUUUGUGGAUUUUUUUCUAUCUUUUGACGUUGUUGUGUAUAUAUAUAAUUUUUUUUUUAUCAAAACGCGGUGUAACAGAGUGUUGUGAUUGAGUUUAAAUAAUUGUCCUUAUGUCGUUGGACAGUUUUAAUUAAUAUUCAACAAUAUGCUCCAAGAAUCAAAAGCACCGAAAACAACAUCAACAACAAGUACAAUAGCAGCUGUAGUAACAACGACAACAGCAACAACAACAGCAUCAACAACAACAACAACAUCGACAACAACAACGACGACCAUCACCAAUGCCACUGGAGGAAUUGGUGGUGGAACAACAACACAAGGAGCUUCUGUAAGAACUCAUACACGACGAAUGACAGGAAAUGGGUGCUCAAGAAGAUCAGAUAGAACUUAUCAUAUGGGACCAACAUCUGAUUUAAUUGUCAAUGAUUUUGAUGAUGAAAGAACUCUCGAUGAAGAAGAAGCCAUGGAAGGAAGUGAAGAUUCUCAUAAUGAAUUAUCAAAUUUACAAAAGGAAGGAGACAUGCCACUUAAUGAAUUAUUAGCAAAAUAUGGCUACAGUAAUUCAGCUGAAAAUUCAAAUAGUUCAGAUCAAUUAUUGACACGUGAUGGUGAUGAUAAUCCAACAGAUAAUGUUGAAAAAAUAGAUAAUGAAGCUGAAGAUUAUGAGGAUGAAGAUGAGGAUGAAUUUGAUGAUGAUGAUUCACAACCAAGUUUACGUCAAUUUUAUUCUGAAAUGGUUAAAGAAAAAGAAGCCGAAAUAAGUGGUAAAUCAUUGUCAAUUAAUGAAAAUGAUAAAAAUGAUGGUGAUUUAAUUGAUAAAACAUCAAUUAAUAAUAUUGAUAAUAUUAAUAAUGGAAUUAAUCAAGAUAUUGUAGCUGAUGAUGAUAUGAAUUAUGAGGAUGAAGAUGAUGAUGAUGACAGUGAAGAUAGUGAAAGUAUUGGUGGUGUUUUAGGUUUAUCUGGUGUUCCUGUUGGUGUUCCUGUAGUUGAUAAUGUUGGUGUUACUAGUGUCAUUGGUGUUGAGAAUAUUGAUGGUGGUAAUGAUAAUGGUAAUGUUGGUGGUGGAGGAGGUGGAGGCGGUGGAGGUGGAUCAUCAAGAUUAUUACGUAGUGUAUCACGUCCACAAAGUGAAGAAGAAGAUGAUGAUUGUGAUUAUAGUCCAGAUGAUGAAGAAUGGAAAAAAACAAUAAUGGUUGGUAGUGAUUAUCAAGCAUCAAUACCAGAAGGUCUUUGUCGUUAUGAUGAUGCAUUACCAUAUGAAAAUGAAGAUAAAAUAUUAUGGAAUCCAAGUUUUAUGUCAGAAAAUAAAACUGAAGAAUUUUUAGAUAGAGCACAAUUACCUGGUAAUAAAAGUACAUCAUUACCUGGUGGUAAUCAUGUUAGAGAUGAUGAACAAGCACUUUAUCUUUUACUUCAAUGUGGUUAUAAUUUGGAAGAAGCAUUAAGACGUAGAAGAAUGAAUGUAUUACCACCAACUGAUGCAAUUAGUCUUUGGUCUGAAGAAGAAUGUCAUAAUUUUGAAUCUGGUUUAAGAAUUUAUGGCAAGGAUUUUCAUCUUAUUCAAAAAAAUAAGGUAAGAACGAGAUCAGUUGGUGAACUUGUACAAUUUUAUUAUUUAUGGAAAAAAACUGAAAGACAUGAUAUAUUUACUUAUAAAGCACGUAUGGAAAAAAAAAAAUAUGCUUUACAUCCUGGUAUCACAGAUUAUAUGGAUAGAUUUUUGGAGGAACAAGAGGGUGUACGUGAUCGUAGUAGUUCACCAAAUGUAAAUUAUUUAUUGCAUGGUGAUGCUAAAAGACAACGAGGGUUGUCAACAAAUAAUCAUGAGGGUAAAUCAUCAGUUGAAUCAUGGGAUACAACAACUGGUGAUCCUGUUAGUGAUAUUGGAACUGGUGAAUUACCACAAAAUAUGGUAACUACAAAUUCACCAACAUCAAUUUUACCUCCACCUCCUCCACCACCUCCACCACCACCAGCACCACCUCAGUCACUUUCUUCACAACCAACAACACCUAAUAAUGAAACACAAACUAAUCCACCAAUAUUUUUAAAUUCAACUGGACAAAAUUUAAUUUCAACAAAUCAUUCAAAUGAAAAUUCAAUAAAAGAAUCAUCAACGACUAUUGAUGCACCUCCAUCACAUCUACCCCCUUAGCAUUCCUAUUUUAUAAUUAAAAAAAAAUAUUUUAUUGAUACUAAGAUUGUUGGGCAGUCCAUUUGGACACACUACCUCCACAUUUAUUGCCAUUAUUCACAGAAUAAUUAAUAUUAAUUUCAUCACAAAUUAUAAAGAAAAAAAAAAAGUUUCAUUAAUCAUUGUUAAUAAUAAUGUUGUCCCCCAUGUCCUUGUCUCAAUCAUUAAAUUUUAUCCUGCAAUUUUUAAAUAUUGUUAACUAUAUAAUACUAAUUAAUGAUAAAAUAAUUUUUUUAAAUAAAAAACAUCAAGCUAAUUAUAAAAUCCAGACAUGAAUGAAUGAAAAAAUGUGUAAAAAAAAAAAAGAAAAAACAAAGUUUGGAAAAAAAACUAUGCUUUUUAGUACUUUGAAUUAUAUUUUUCUACUUUAUCGUAAAAUAUAUAUAUAUAUAUAAAUAUUAAAAUAAACAAAUAAAUAUUAUUAUCAUUAUAGAAUAAUAGAGAUUUUUUUUUGUAGCACGUUAAAUCGAGCUACACAUUGAAUAAUGUAAAAAAUAAAAUAAAAAAUGAUUUAAAAAAAUAAGAAAA